AUGCACCCGUACCGCGGACCGACUGACUACAAAGCCGCCAACGUUAACAUUGAAGUCGACCGUCGAGACUCGCGAUUCCCCACCAACGUCGAUUUUGAAGCUGAUCGCCGAGACACGCGUGCUACCAACGUUGACAUCGAGAUCGAUCGUCGGGACACCCGGGACCACGUUGAAGUUGAUUACGACCGCCGGCAGACAUACGACAAGACCUUAGAGUCCCAGCUAGACAUCACUGAGCGAGAGUACCGCCGCCGCGUCGAUCCCACCUACGACGUUGAAUACGAACGUCGCCGUCCCGUCCAAGCCGACAUCACAGUCCAGAAGCAAGAGAUCAAGGUCGAUCAACCAGUUCGAAGAAGAGAUAUGGGUUACUACGACGACGACGGAAACUACCACAGCUUCCGCCGCGGUGUGGAGCGUGCUGCCGACCGCAUCAUGCACCCUUUCUCCCACCACCACCAUCACCACGACGGUGGCCGUGAGGAGGUUGUCGUGACAGAUACAAGAGAGACCAGUGGCCCAACCCGUGUCCGUGACGGCUCCGUUGAGCAAGUCCGUUUCGUCGAGCCUCGUUUCGGCGGCCGUGGUGUGCCCAUCCAAUGCCACUUCAUCCGCAUCGGCGACAUUCUCCUUCUUCAGGGCCGUCCCUCGCAGGUCAUCCGCAUCAGCAUGUCCUCUCAGACCGGCCAGUACCGCUACCUGGGUGUUGACCUCUUCACCCGCCAAUUGCACGAGGAGAGCUCCUUCAUCAGCAAUCCCGCUCCAUCCGUAGUCGUGCAGACCAUGCUCGGCCCCGUCUUCAAGCAGUACCGUGUCUUGGAUAUCCGCGAGGACGGCCUAAUUGUCUGCAUGACCGAGAGCGGCGAUGUCAAGCAGGGCUUGUCUGUCAUUGACCAGGGCGGCCUGUUCAAUCGGAUUGAUCGAGCCUUCGCCGACGGCAGAGGCAGCGUCCGAGUGCUGGUCAUCAAUGAUGGUGGACGGGAGUUGAUUGUGGAUAUGAAGAUCAUCCACGGUUCCAGAUUGUAG